UUGGUCCUGACAUGUAUGGCAGAAGGGAGCUGGCCUUUGGAAUUCAAAUGGUUAUACAACAAUACAGAGCUAACUCACUUCUCUCUGGAGUACAGAUACCUGAUUCCAUCAUUGGAUCGAUCCCAUGCUGGCUUCUACCGUUGCAUAGUGAGGAAUCGGCUCGGAGCACUGAUGCAGAGAAGGACAGAAGUUCAGGUGGCAUAUAUGGCAAACUUUGAGAGUGGUGAAAAACAUCUCAGUGUCUCCCAGGGAAAUGCUGCAGUUGUCAGAGCACCAAGAAUUUCUACCUUUCCCCGUCCCCAAGUCACAUGGUUCAGAGAUGGCCGAAAAAUCUCACCCAGCAGUCGCAUAGCUAUUACGAUGGAAAACACACUUGUCAUCUUGUCAACAGUGGCACCUGACACAGGAAGAUACUAUGUCCAGGCAGUAAAUGACAAAAAUGGAGAAAACAAAACCAGCCAGCCCAUUACCUUAACUGUAGAAAGUAAUAGCAGAUACCAGGGCAAACAUGAUACAGGUGCUCCGGCAGAUCCUAUAGCUCCAGUUAUAAUCAUCCCGCCAAAAAAUACAAGUGUAAUCUUCGGGUUUCCUGAGGUUACGAUGGAAUGUGUGGCCAAUGCCAGGCCACUAAUUAAGCUUAGUAUUAUCUGGAAGAAAGAUGGGGUGCCAUUCAGAAGUGGGUUCAGUGAUUACCACCGGAAACUGACCAUCCUAAAUCCGAAAAUCCGUGAUGCUGGGUACUACGAAUGUGAAGCCAUUCUCCGAAGCAGCAGUGUUCCUUCAGUUAGUGCGGGGGCCUUCUUGUCAGUACUGGAACCGCCACAACUAAUCCUGGAACCAGAGCGUCACAUGACAGCUGAGAUAGAGAAAAUCGUAGAUAUUCCGUGUCAGGCUCAAGGUGUCCCAUUGCCAAUGAUAUUCUGGUAUAAAGAUGCAACGUUGAUCUCAAAGUUAAAUGUACCCAGAUAUAGGAUGCUGUCCAAUGGCAGCCUACAGAUCAGUGGACUGAUGCCUGAUGACACUGGCAUGUUCCAAUGCUUUGCUAGAAAUGAAGCUGGUGAGGUGCAAACUUUCACCUAUCUUGCUGUUACCAGCAUUCCUCCCAACAUUACAAAGGGACCAUCAGACAGCACAGUGAUUGAUGGGUUAUCAGUCAUUCUUUCUUGUGAAACAUCAGGGGCACCGCGGCCAGCAAUCACCUGGCAAAGAGGAGAGAAAGUACUUGCCAGUGGGUCUGUCCAAUUACCUCGCUUUACACUGCUGGAGUCUGGCAGCCUGCUUAUCAGCCCUUCCCACAUCUCAGAUGCUGGGAGUUAUACAUGUCUGGCUACUAAUUCUCGAGGAGUGGAUGAGGCUUCUGGAGAUCUCAUUGUGUGGGCUCGCACACGUAUCACAAAUCCCCCACAGGAACAAAGUGUCAUCAAAGGAACCAUGGCAGUCCUAACCUGCGGUGUGACCCAUGACCCCAAUGUUGUAAUCAGGCAUGUGUGGCAGAAGGAUGGGGCUAUAAUUGAUGUGAAUGCCAUCCCACGUAUGAGAGUUGAUGAAGCAGGAACAUUGUAUAUCUCUCAGACCUGGUCAGGAGAUAUUGGAUUGUACACCUGCAAAGUGCUAUCAGUAGGAGGAAAUGAUUCUCGCAGUGCUCAAGUCAGAGUCAGGCAGCUCCCACAUGCUCCAGAGAAUUUGGCAGCCCAGCUGAGUACCAGUGAAAAGAGAGCCAUUUCCCUGACAUGGUCAAAAGCAUUUGAUGGCAAUAGCCCCUUGAUUCACUACAUCUUGGAAGUGUCUGAAAACAAUUCCCCUUGGACUGUUCACCUGAUGAAUGUUAACCCGGAAUCAGUGGGCCUUAUGGUCAGAGGACUCAUUCCAGCCAGGUCUUAUCAGUUCCGUAUCUGUGCUGUGAAUGAUGUUGGAAAGGGCCAAUACAGCAGAGAGACUGAGAGGUUGUCACUACCUGAAGAACCACCAAGCGCAUCUCCACAAAAUGUCAUUGCAAGUGGCAGAACUAAUCAAUCAAUCAUGAUUCAAUGGCAGCCGCCCCCAGAGAACCAUCAGAAUGGGGCCUUGAAGGGUUACAUUAUCAGGUACUGUUUGGCAGGUUUACCUGUGGAGCACCAGUAUAAAAAUAUCACUAGUCCUGAUGUUAAUAAUUUCUUACUGGAAGACCUCAUCAUUUGGACCAAUUAUGAGAUUGCUGUUGCAUCGUAUAAUGGGGCUGGACUAGGAAUUUAUAGCCCAACUGUCACUGAGUGGACCCUGCAAGGAGUUCCUACAGUGCCUCCAGGAAAUGUGCAUGCUGAAGCCAUUAAUUCCACUACCAUUCGAUUCACAUGGACACCUCCCAGUCCUCAGUUUAUUAAUGGGAUUAACCAAGGUUACAAGCUGUUGGCUUGGGAGCCUGGUCAGAGUGAAGACUUCACAAUGGUAACAGUCCAACCAAAUUUCCAGGAUAUGGUCCAUGUUGGGUACAUCCGAGGCUUGAAGAAGUUUACGGAAUAUUACACUUCAGUGCUGUGUUUCACUACACCAGGUGAUGGCCCCAGGAGUCCAGCUCAUCUUCUGCGCACACAUGAGGAUUAUCCUGGUCCAAUUGGACAUCUCAGUUUCACAGAGAUCCUGGACACCUCUUUGAAAGUCAGCUGGAGAGAACCACAUGAGAAAAAUGGAAUUCUCACAGGUUAUCGCAUUUCUUGGGAAGAGUAUAAUCGUACUAACACACGUGUGACCCACUACUUACCUAAUGUGACAUUAGAGUACCGUGUUACUGGACUGACUGCUCUCACGACGUAUACCAUUGAAGUAGCAGCCAUGACGUCCAAGGGACAGGGUCAAACUUCCUCAUCUACCAUAUCCUCAGGAGUUCCUCCAGAAUUGCCUGGGUCUCCCACAAAUAUAGCCAUCUCGAACAUUGGUCCUCGCACAGUAACUCUUCAGUUUAGACCUGGCUAUGAUGGUAAAACCUCCAUUUCCCGGUGGCUGGUGGAAGCUCAGGUUGGUGUUAUAGGCGAUCAUGAAGAGUGGCUUCUUGUUCAUCAGGUGGCCAAUCAGCCUGAUGCUCGAUCACUGGAGGUUCCCAACCUCAAUCCAUUCACACAUUACAGAUUUCGCAUGCGACAAGUCAACAUUGUUGGAACAAGUCUGCCAAGUCAGUUAUCACGCAAAAUUCAAACCCUGCAGGCCCCACCUGACAUGGCUCCUGCCAAUGUGACCCUGCGUACAGCAAGUGAGACAAGCCUCUGGCUCCGCUGGGUGCCAUUGCCUGAGUCAGAGUAUAAUGGGAAUCAGGAAUCGGUCGGAUAUAAAAUAAAAUAUGGGAAGUCAGAUGGAAAUGGAUCCACUCUCACACACAUUAUCCACGACCGGAUCGAGCGGGAAUUCACUAUCGAGGACCUAGAGGAGUGGACUGAAUACAGAGUACACGUUCAAGCAUUUAAUGCUAUUGGUUCUGGACCAUGGAGUCAAGAAGUCAGGGGUCGCACAAGAGAGUCAGUUCCUUCAUCUGGGCCAACAAAUGUUUCGUCUCUUGCUCUUAAUUCAAAUAGUAUCCUCGUCAGAUGGAAUCAGGUCCCCCAACAAGAUCGCAAUGGACUCAUCCUUGGUUAUAAGGUCUUGUACAAGGAAAAGGACUUGGAGACUCCUAUGCAGAUCCAGACCAUUGAAGGCAACAGCACACACACUGUACAACUUACUGAGUUAGGGAAAUAUGUGUUGUAUGAGAUCCAAGUCCUUGCUUUUACCAGAAUUGGAGAUGGAAUAUCAAGCUUCCCACCCAUUCUUGAGAGAACUCUGGAUGAUGUGCCUGGACCCCCUGUAGGAAUCCUGUUUCCAGAAGUUCGGACAACAUCUGUGCGUCUCGUCUGGCAGCCCCCAGUCGAACCCAAUGGGAUCAUUCUGGCUUAUCAAAUAACAUACCGACUAAACACCAGCAACACAAAUACUGCUACUGUGGAUGUGUUGAACCCAAGUACCCGACAAUAUACAGCAACUGGGCUAAAACCAGAAUGCAGUUAUGUCUUCCGUAUUACAGCUCAGACGCGCAAAGGGUGGGGUGAAGCAGCAGAAGCCUUGGUGGUAACAACAGAAAAGAGAGUUCGUCCACAGCCUCCCAGCAAACCUAUCAUACAACAGCAAGAUGUACAGUCACGGAAUGUGCUGUUGUCCUGGGAACCAGGCAGUGAUGGACUGUCUCCAGUUAGGUACUACACUAUCCAAACUCUCGAGCUACCUAAUGGAAACUGGUCACUCCACUCAGCUUCUGUGAGCCACGAGUCCACUACAUAUCUUGUAGACAAGCUAAACCCCUUCACCUCAUACAAGUUUCGUGUGAAAGCAACAAAUGACAUUGGAGACAGCGAAUAUAGCGAGGAGUCUGACUCUGUCACAACGCUACAGGCCGCACCAGAUGAGCCACCUGAAAUUCUUUCUGUGACACCACAUACCACAACCUCAGUAAUGAUUCGUUGGCAGGCUCCUGCAGAAGAGAAAAUUAAUGGAAUCCUUCUAGGUUAUCGGAUUCGCUACCGAGAAUUAGUUUAUGACAGCUACAGAAGCUUUACCCUUCGCAGCGUGAACAGUCCCAAUGCUAAAUGGUCUGAACUUACACCUGUAUAUAAUAUUCGGAACCUGAGUGACUCCACACUAGCACAAUAUGAACUGGACAAUCUGAGCAAGCAUAGGCGAUAUGAAAUCCGAAUGAGCGUCUACAAUGCAGUGGGGGAGGGACCUACCAGCCCACCUCAAGAAGUAUUCGUAGGCGAAGCAGUUCCCACUGCACCAGCUCAAAAUGUGCAGGUGCAAAGCUCAACAGCAACACAGCUGGACCUGACCUGGGACCCUCCUCCACCUGAAGCACAGAAUGGGGACAUACAAGGAUAUAAGAUUUACUAUUGGGAAUUCCAGCGACAAAAUGAGACAGAAAAACUGAAGACCCUUUUCCUCCCUGAAACCAAUGUGAAGCUGAAGAAUCUAACAGGAUACACUACCUACCUGAUCAGUGUGAGUGCAUUUAAUGCUGCUGGCGAUGGUCCUCGAAGUAUACCUAUCAGGAGCCGGACACAACAGGCAGCUCCAAGUGCUCCAAGCUACAUUCGAUUCAGUGAACUUACAACAACCUCUGUGAAUGUAUCCUGGGGAGCCCCAAAGUAUCCAAAUGGAAUAAUUGAAGGAUAUCGACUGGUUUAUGAGCCUUGCACACCUGUUGAUGGAGUCAGUAAGAUUGUAACUGUGGAUGUGAAGGGAAAUACUCCUCGAUGGAUGAAAAUUAAAGACCUGUCAGAUGGUGUGACUUACACUUAUCGAAUAAAAGCAAAAACAUACACGUAUGGACCAGAAGUUGAGGCAAAUAUUACCACUGGACCUGGAGAAGGUGCUCCUGGUCCUCCAGGUGAGCCAUUGAUCUACAGGUAUGGAUCAGCCAUUACGAUUCAUUGGUCCAGUGGAGAUGCUGGCAAGGCACCAAUUAGCCGAUAUGUCAUUGAGGCAAGGCCAUCAGAUGAAGGAUUGUGGGAUAUUCUAAUUAAGGAUGUUCCAAAGGAAGUAACCUCAUACACAUUUGGCAUGGAUAUCUUGAAACAGGGUGUGAGCUAUGAUUUCCGAGUGAUUGCAGUGAAUGAUUAUGGAUAUGGAACACCCAGCUCCCCUUCGCCAUCUGUUUCAGCCCAGAAUUCAGCCCCAUUUUAUGAGGAAUGGUGGUUCUUGGUGGUUAUUGCCUUGGUUGGACUCAUCUUCAUCCUUCUCUUGGUGUUUGUGCUAAUUAUCCGUGGACAAAGCAAAAAAUAUACAAAAAAAACAGAUUCUGGAAAUAACACAAAGACUAGUGCCUUGGCUCAUGAAGAAAUCAUGAGCCUAGACAAUGGACGGUUUCCAGCACUGGAACUCAACAACAGGCGACUUUCAGUGAAGAAUUCCUUCUGUAGAAAGAAUGGCAUCUACAACAGGUCUCCACCACGGCCAAGUCCCGGUAGCCUCCAUUAUUCAGAUGAGGAUGUCAGCACAAAAUAUAAUGACCUAAUCCCAGCGGAGAGCAGCAGCCUGACUGAGAAGCCUUCCCUAUCAGACUCUCAGGGAAGUGACAGUGAAUGUGAAGUUGAUCAAAAUAGACCGAAGACACAUUCUUUUGUUAAUCACUACAUAAGUGAUCCUACGUAUUACAACUCAUGGCGACGGCAGCAGAAAGGCAUUUCAAGAAUUCAGGCCUACGAUUACACAGAGAGUGAAUCAGGUGAUCCAGUUCACAAUCAUCAACCUUCCACUAAUUUGACCAGCAGCAUCCAUGUACCUCCGGCCACACAGCAAGGCAGCCUCUACCGAGCUAAACGGAGUCUAACACCCACACCCCAACAUCCCUCCAAUAAUACCAGCCAGUCAAGCACCCUGUAUCGGCCUGCUAGCAGCCUCGCACCAGGAUCCAGAACCCCACUAGCAGGAUUUUCUUCUUUUGUUUGAACUAUGCUGAAAGGUAUUUUCUUCUUAAUUCUGAAGUAUUAUUGUGUGGAAGACAAUCACAAAUCUGCUAUUUACAAACGUGCAGAUUUUAUUUACUGGAAAAACAAGACUGCAAGGGAUAAAAACCAUCAGACCAUCCUGUAAAACAUUCUGUCAUGGUCUGAAGAGAAAGUGGUCUCCAGCAAUUACAAAAGAAUGGAGGGGCAGACAGUUUGCCACAAAGAAUUAGUCUUGCUACCCAAUGGGCUUACAUUUUGAUCAGCUGAGAAGUGUAUGAAUCUCAUGUAUGUCUAUAGACAUUGGUAAAAAAAACACAACUUGAUGCCAUAGUAGUCAAUUGGCGAAGUCAAAAAAUCUGGGGGCUGUUGUGCCCAUUAUAUAUAAA